AUGGGGCAAAGCCAGGACCUGGCUAUUUCACCUGUGCCGUAUAAACUGGCGUCAGACCGCGUCACCUCCCUGCAGGGAUCUCCUGGAGAAGCCGGCUACGACGGCGUGGACGGGGAGCAGCAAAGCGUCAGCCCCCAGGGGCUGCGACCCUCCUCGCUGCCCGUGGCAGUGGCCGCAGGGACGACCCCGACUCACUCGGCAGUGCACUGCAAGCCCAUCGUGGCGCAGAACCAGCUGUACGUGGUGGUGGCCCAGCUCUUCGGAGGCUCCUACAUCUACCGCUGGGACACCGCCGUGGACAAGUUCAUCAAGAUCCAGGACAUCGACAGCCAGAAGACCCGCAAGCCCAACGACAUCGAGGCCUUCCAGAUCGAAGGCGACUGGUAUUUUGUCAUCGCCGACAGCUCCAAGGCGGGCUCCACCAGCCUCUACCGCCUCAACCAGAACGGCUUCUAUUCCCACCAAGCCCUCCACGCCUGGCACCGCGACACCGACGUGGAAUACGUGGAGAACGAUGGCAAACCCCGGCUGCUCAUCUCCAGCAGCUCCCAAGCCCCCGUCAUCUACCAGUGGAGCCGGGCGCAGAAGCAAUUCACGCCCCAGGGGGAGGUGGGGGAGAUGCUGGACGUGCAGAUGGUGAAGCACUUCAGGGUGAAGCGGGACCAAUUCCUCUGCCUCAGCCGCUACAUCGGUGACUCCAAGGUGGUGCGAUGGGAAGGACAGCGCUUCGUUGAGCUCCAGACGCUGCCGUCCCGUGGCUCCAUGGUGAUUCAGCCCUUCUCGGUGGAGCAGCGGCAGUACCUGGCCCUGGGCAGUGACUUCUCCUUCACCCACGUCUACCUGUGGGAAGAGGAGAAGCAGAAAUUCGUCAAGUUUCAGGAGCUGUCGGUUCAGGCGCCGCGGGCUUUCCGCUACGUGCCGGCUGCCGAUGUGCAGCUCCUCCUGGCUCCCAGCUUCAAGGCCAACACGCUGGUCUACCGGCACGUGGUGGUGGACCUCAGCCUCUAG